CUGCUGGUAUGUACCGAUCUGCUGUGCUUUUCCUGGUUCCUAGUUUUAGUGCUGCCCUUGGUCAUGUGCACUGGUCUGCUAAGGGGGGCUCUGGACCACCCCCCCUGUUUUCUUUUCUUUUCUUUUCCAUCCCCUCCUGCUCCAGUCCGGCCACUCUAAAUGAAUGCACAGAGUGAAUCCUCUUCUUGCCUGUUUGGAGGAGAGGCUUGAAGAGGGUUGAUGUCAUUGAAUGAAGAAUGCUGCAAGAAUCCAGAGAGAAAGGAGAGCAGGGGGGUGUUGGAGGAGGGGUCUGACUGGACAGAAAGAGAGAGAGAGAGGUGCUGUUUACCUUGUACUACAACAGCUCAUGAGCCGAAGUCAAACGAGAAAGAACUUGUUUGAAAGGAUGCUGUCAUUCCUUAUCCAGCGUGAAACGCGCAGUGGGAGGGUCUAGCGGCUGGACAGAGGAAGCUUCACCGAGGGAGAGAGGCGGAGAAGUUACCAUUACUAGCCACUCUUAUCAUUACACUGAGAGGAACAACCACCACGAAAAAAGACGGGAGAACCACUUCACGUGUAUUGUCACGGUAUAAAUAAUCAAAGAUGGAGAGCUCCAGCAGCAGCAGCAGCAAGCCGGUCAUGGUGACGUCCUCACUCAACUUCAAGGUCACCACGCCAUCCUUCUACAACCAGCCAAAGAAGUUUGCUUCGGUGGCACCACCGCGGCCCAAAAGUAUGACGCCUCCCUCCGCUCCGUCGCCGAUGCCCGUGGGCACAGGCGUGAUUGGACGAGUGGGCGAUCUGCCCCCGCCACCACCCUCACUCUCUGAUGAUUUCCCUCCCCCGCCUCCUCCCCCGCCUAUGGAUGACGACUUGCCAGCCCCUCCCCCCGAAUGUCAGAUCACUCCUCCCGCCUCUGACGCCCCCGCUCCGGCCUUCCCGGCUCCGCCCCCUGUCGCAGAUGACCUUUCCCUGCCGCCCCCCCUUGGGGAGAGCACCGGUUUGUCCAGUUUUGACUCACCCCCAUCGCUGCUGCCGCCGCCGCCACCACCUGCACCACCUGCACCACCCCUCCCCGCCACUGGUAAUAGCUUCCCCAGUGCUGCUGGACACCCACAGAGGGCUAUGGAGAAGCAAACAAGUUUUGAUAAGCAGAUCGACUCUCUGACCGACUUGCUUUCGGAAAUGGAGACACGGGGCCCCUUCAACCCUAAGUUGCCAAGCCAGUAUUCCACACCAUCACCCAAACCAGCCGGUCCCCCACCAACAGCACCCAAACCAACUCUAUCAUUCCUCCCUCCUCCUGAGAUGGGAGACCGCCCCCCUCCUGCACCGUGGGCAGAGGAGCUCAAAGCCCGCACGAGCCGUAAUCACAACUUGCCGCCACCAGCAGUCGCCAAGUCUCCGUUUGGAGCAAGAACGGCCACUUCGUCAUCGUCGCUGGCCAAAAAACUCAACCAGAACCUAAACCACUCUCCGUACGCAGCCAGUGGUGAGCCAAAACACCCCCCUGCAUCGAGCACGAGCACUUUGCCCCCACCGCCAGCUGCUGCCCCUGCACCGCCUGCUCCGUCAAACAUGGCCACCACUAGCCACACGAAGAGUACUCCAUUUGUCAGUCAGGUGAAUGUCAACCAAAGCCCACCUGCUGCCGUGCCACCGACCCAACCUAAGACUAUGGCAUCUCCUCCACCCUUGUCCUCCUCCAGUCAGCCAAUGAAAUCUCCUCCUGCAACCAUGCCAUCACGUUCUGGUCCAGUGUUAACCUCAGGUGGAGGUGUCCCCCUCAACAUGAGGGAGGUGGAAGAACUUGAGAGAAUGACCAAGGACUUCAUCAAAAACAUGGACGCUCUCCCACCUGUGGGCCCGGCCCCGCCUACUGAGGUUUGUGGCAAGUGUGGUGAGGCGUUGUCCCGUACUCAGCCAGCAGUGAGGGCCAUGGAUAAACUCUUCCACUCAAACUGCUUCUGUUGCAUGACCUGCCAUCGCCCCCUGCAGGGCAUGCAGUUCUAUGACAGGGAUGGCACUCCACAGUGUGAGGACUGCUACAUGAAUUCCCUUGCAGUGUGUUCUCGAUGCGGGGAGAGGAUUACGGACCGCGUGCUGAAGGCGGUCGGUCAGUGUUUCCAUUCUCAAUGUUUCCGCUGCAUUACCUGCUCCUGCAUACUGGAGGGCGCGCCCUUCAUCACCGAUAACAACAACAACCCAUACUGCGUCGCGGACUACCAUAGGCGUUUCUCCCCUCUUUGUGUCAGCUGCAAUGAGCCCAUUAUUCCAGCGCCAGGCAGUGAGGAGACAGUCCGGGUUGUGGCUCUUGAGAAGAACUUCCAUCUCAAGUGUUACCGCUGCGAAGACUGUGUUCGCCCUCUCUCCAUAGAAGCGGAUGAAAAUGGCUGCUACCCACUGGAUGGUCGCAUCCUGUGUAUGAAGUGCCACUCCAAGCGAGCCAAGCAGGCCGCCCAGUGAACCCACUAUGCCCUCCCCUCCCCCCUCAAUCCCCCAUUUAAUCAUGAACCAAAUCCAAAAGCACAGGUUCCAUUUGGCCUUCUUGAAACAAACAGGGCUUUUGUCAGGCGUGAAUGUGCUACAUAAAAACAGUGUUUGCUUGCAGCGUUGGCGUCACGUCCACUCGUCUUUUUGUCUGAUCCACUUUAGUGCAGAGGUAAAGUACUGCACCUUGUUUAAGCCUUGUCGUAUGUUUACGCUAAAAUGCUCCGCAUAUCUUGCACAGAGCAGUCAGAUGCUAGAGUAGCAACCUGGAAGUGUGAACACUCUACCUGCUGCUCUCAGCAUCACCUUGGAGGAACCGCCUCCUGCUAGUUCAAUACCACUUUAGCAGGUAUACCUGCAAAUAAUAGCAUCAUUUGACUUUUAGAACAAGGUAAACUUGAUUCAAUAGGAGCAAAGUUAAGUAUUAUAUGUAUGCUGUAAGGCUGCACAAACUGCGAAGAGCAAAGAGCCGAGCAAAGCUUUUACCAGCACAGAUUGCGCUAUUUUGUAGCUAAAAGUGUCACCAGCAUAGCUCCAAACAGGACCUAUUCUGAUUAUUUGAAAUGUCUUUUUAUUUUUUACUCUAAAGCUCCAGCACAUGGUUUAAGUUGCCGUUUUUCUGAUGCAUCGCAUUUAAACUCUUUGAUUUACAGAAAUAUAACAUAUGGACCUAUCAGAGGCACAAGCUUUAAGGCUUUUUAGGUAGCCAAUGUUUAAGCAUAGUGACCAAAUAUACAGUAUAAAAGCUGUGUUCAUGGAUGUUUAUUUGUGUGUUUUUUUGAGUCCAGUAUUUUGACCUUAAUCUCUAUCUAAGGUUUCUUCUGCAAUUUCUUCCCAUUCAUCUUUUCUACUUCAAUCAGUUCGGUAUUAUUUCAUCAAUAUUGUACUGUAUUUCAGUGAUUAUGCCUUCAUUCCUAUCCCAGCAACAUGCCUGCCUUAUUGCAUCCCACCCAAAGUGGGUUACAACCAUAGAAAAUCAUUCCUCAGUAGCAACAGUAGUGACUUAAUAGACUUAACAUUGCAUGCGCGCGGCAUACUGUAAGAUCUGGUGGUGUUUUUGUUUCACCAAAUAUUCUUCUUCGACAUCAACAACUUAAUGCCUUUGCCAUCCCAUGUGGCGAUGCCUGUGUUUGUCCUUUUUUUGUAUAACUUUUUUAUAUAAACUCCAGUUUGAUAUGUGUGAAUGUAUAUGUGUAAAAACAAAACAUUUAGCCCCAAACAUUCUUGAGCUGUAAAACAAAAAAAUAAUGAAUAAAAUGCUGCGGAAA